AUGACCGCUGUCCACGCUCAAAACAGUGGUGUGUUCUUUCUACAUGGUUACGGUGGAACCGGUAAAACAUACAUGUGGAGAACGCUUGCAAGUGCAUUGAGGUCCAAGCAUGAUAUAUGUUUAACCGUUGCAACGAGUGGAAUAGCCUCUCUAUUAUUGCCUGGUGGUAGAACUGCACAUUCGAAAUUCAAAAUACCUGUCCCAACAAUGGAUAACUCUACUUGCAAAAUCGACUAUGAUGAUGACGUUGCAGACCUUCUAAGACAGACAAAGCUUAUUAUAUGGGAUGAAGCACCCAUGGCACACAAGCAUGCUUUUGAAUCACUCGACCGAACUUUGAAGGAUGUGAUGCGUACAUACGGUAAUUCAAAGGAAAUCUUUGGUGGAAAGGUGGUCGUCUUCGGUGGUGAUUUUAGACAGAUUUUGCCCGUUGUUCCCAGAGGAAGUCGUUCCGAUAUCGUACACACUACGAUAAAUGCUUCUUACAUAUGGCGGUCGGUUGAAGUUUUGACUUUGACACAGAACAUGCGACUACAAUCCGGCCCAAAUGAACAUGAAAAGAAAGAAAUAGCAGACUUCUCAAAGUGGUUGUUAUACAUUGGUGAAGGAAAAGUCUCUGAGCCAAAUCACGGAUUUUCCGACAUUGAACUGCCACCGGAACUUUUGAUAAUGGAUUACAACGAUCCAAUUGUGGCCAUCGUCAAUAGUACUUACCCUGAUUUCAUACAAAAUUACCAAUCUAACGACUACCUCAAAAGUCGCGCGAUACUUGUUUCUACAUUAGAAGUUGUUGAUCAAAUCAAUCGUCACGUCCUUGAUUUGAUGCCAGGUGACAUGAAGGAAUACUACAACUCGAACACUGUGGACAGGUCCGAGAUUCAUGACACCAAUGUGGUCGACAUCCUCACACCAGAGUUUCUUAGUUCACUAACUACUUCGGGGUUACCUAACCACCACAUUUGCCUGAAGGUAGGAACGCCUGUUAUGCUUAUGCGUGACAUAGAUCAGUCGGAGGGUUUGUGUAACGGAACAAGGGUGAUGAUAACUAAGAUGGCCAACCAUGUUAUAGAGGCAAAAAUCAUGGCCGGAAAGGGUUGUGGUAAUUUGGUAUACAUCCCAAGAAUGGACAUGUCUCCCUCUCAGUCCCCUUGGCCUUUCAAACUUAAACAGCGUCAAUUUCCAAUAAUUGUUUCGUAUGCAAGGACGAUAAAUAAAUCUCAAGGACAAUCUCUGGAUACAGUUGGACUUUAUUUGCCGAGGGACGUAUUUACUCAUGGACAAAUCUAUGUAGCACUAUCAAGGGUCACAACGAAACAAGGUAUCAAAAUAUUGAUAUAUGAUCAAAACGACCGGCUAAAGUCGACUACGACAAACGUCGUGUACAAAGAGGUUUUCAACAACAUAUAG